GAUAUAUGUCUCAAAUCUAUGCAAGCAGAAAUGGAGAAAGAAAGGAAUGCCUACAGAGCACAUUGUUUGGUCCUAACCUUUCCAAGCCAAGGCCACAUUAAUCCUAUGCUCGAAUUCUCUAAGCGUCUGGAGCACAAAGGACUAAAAGUUACACUCGUUACCACAAACUUCAUCUCCAAAACCAUAUAUAAAGAAGCCACUUCCAUUGCUCUCGAGACCAUCUCUGACGGCUAUGAUGAAGGCGGGAGAGCACAAGCAGAAAGCAUCCAAGCCUAUUUGGAGCGCUUUCGGCGAGUCGGGUCGCAAACUCUGGCUGAGCUGCUUGAAAAGCUUUCUAGCUCAGGCUGUCCUGUCGAUUGUGUUGUUUAUGAUGCUUUCUUGCCUUGGGCUCUAGGCGUAGCUAAAAAGUUUGGAUUAGUCGGGGCUACAUUUUUCACUCAAUCUUGUGCUAUUGGUAAUAUAUACUACCAUGUCCACAAGGGAGUGCUGAAAGUCCCUCUUUCAGAGACUGAAAUUUUGCUUCCUGGGUCGCCACCACUCGAACCUCAGGAUAUGCCGUCCUUCAUUUAUCGUUUUGGCAUAUCCUACCCGGCUUUCUUUGACAUGGUUGUGAGUCAAUUCUCCAACAUUGAUCACGCUGAUUGGAUCCUUUGCAACACGUUUUAUGAGUUGGAGCAAGAGGUGGUGGAUUGGAUGACAAAGAUAUGGCCAUUGAGAACAAUAGGACCGACUAUACCAUCAAUGUUCCUAGACAAGCGACUCGAAGGUGACAAAAACUAUGGUUUCAGCAUCUUCAAACCAAACACCGAUGCAUGCAUGAAAUGGUUAGAUGAUCAACCAAAGGGGUCGGUUGUUUAUGUUUCGUUUGGGAGUGUGGCUGCUCUUGAAGUUGAGCAAAUGGAAGAAAUAGCUUGGGGAUUAAGGAUGAGCAACCGAUGCUUCUUGUGGGUUGUCCGGGCCUCAGAAGAGGCAAAGCUCCCCAAAAACUUUGUGGAGGAGACGUGUGAGAAGGGAUUGGUGGUUCGUUGGUGUCCUCAAUUGGAGGUCUUAGCUCACGAGGCAGUAGGGUGCUUUGUGACACAUUGUGGGUGGAAUUCUACUUUGGAAGCCCUCAGCUUGAGUGUGCCGAUGGUCGCAAUCCCACAAUACUCAGACCAGAGCACCAAUGCAAAGUAUAUUAUGGAUGUUUGGAAGAUGGGGCUAAAAGCUCCGGCUGAUGAGAAAGGGUUAGUCAGUCGAGAAGCAGCAGAACAUUGCAUCAGGGAAAUAAUGGAGGGGGAGAGAGGGAAUGAGAUAAAGAAAAAUGCCUUAAAAUUGAGAAAAUUGGCCAAAGAGGCUGUAGACGAUGGUGGAAGUUCUGAUAAGAACAUUGAAGAAUUUGUAGCCAAAUUGGUUCACUCCUAAGCUCUAGACAAAAGUUCAUGUCCUCCUAAUUUCGGCUUCUGAAAAAUGUCGUUUAUGUAAUAACUAUGGAAUUAUCAUAUAU